AUGCAAAAUUUGAUAGAUCUUUAUACGGAAAUGCCGCCCGUAACGCGGGCGUACACAACGGCAUGUGUUCUGACGACAUUGGCUGUGCAACUCGAUUUCAUUACUCCGUUCCACUUAUAUUUUAAUUGGGAUUUGAUUGUGAAACGAUAUCAGUUAUGGCGACUCAUCACGUCAUUCUGCUUUUUUGGCUCAUUUGGCUUUAGCUUCAUGUUCAACAUGAUCUUCACCUAUCGGUACUGUAUGAUGUUGGAAGAGGGAUCUUUCCGUGGCAGGAGAGCUGAUUUCGUUUACAUGAGGAAUUUUGAUGGUGAGACUUGCAUUCUUGUUUUGUUCACAGGAACGAAUAACUCGCUCAUCCUUCAGAUAUUAUGCGGUAUCUUCGUACAAAUGGUAUUUCUUGGUCAAGCAUUCACAAUUAUGCUUGUGUACGUUUGGAGCAGACGUAAUCCUCAUAUUCAGAUGAACUUUUUUGGCGUGUUAUCUUUCACGGCUCCUUAUUUACCGUGGGUCCUACUGCUCUUCUCUCUUCUACUUGGAAAUAAUGCCAUUGUCGAUUUCAUGGAGUAUGAACGGUUCGUUCCAGGUAUUGCAUGCGGACACUUCUACUUCUUUUUGGAAGACGUGUUCCCAUACCAGCAGCACGGUACUCGCUUGCUAAAGACUCCAAACUGGUUGAAGUGGUUGUUUGAUGAACGACAAGCUGACCCUGUGCCCGAGGAAGAACGACCGGGUGGCUUUGGAUGGGGUGUGGAAGAUGAGUAG